AUGGAUCCUUACACUUAUUAUUCACCCCCAACCGCACCACCAUCACCACCUCCACCGCCACCACCAGCAUCACCUAUGUGUAACUAUACCAUGCCGCCACCACCACCUCCACCGCCAACUCAAAACCCAUGUAGCAAUGGCACCACACCUCCACCUCCACCAAUAACACCACCUCCGCCUCCACCACCUCCACCUCCACCCACACCAAUAACACCUCGUCCUCCUCCUCCACCACCUCCACCUCCACUAUGUGAGUGUGUAUGCCCACCAUAUAACUGGCCACCGCAACAUUGGGCACCUCCACCUCAUUACUCAAUGGCUCCAUCACCACAGCAAAGGAACAACAACGACAAUCACACGACAUACAUAGCGGUGUUUGUCUCUCUAGGAGGAGUUUUUUUCCUUGCAUUCAUGGCACUCGGCCUAUUCUGCUUGGCCAGGAGAAGAAAGAAAGCAGUGAUGAUUCCAGCUGAAGCUGAGGCUUGUGUAGAGGAACAUGAACAUAUCCAAGAGACUAUCACAACUGGGCCUUGUGGCGAGCAAACUGUGACUGUCACUAUAGAUGACGAUAGGCGAAUUCACGAAAUUGCAGAAGCUCGUGCCGUUGAAGGAGGGUCAUCUUCUCAUGCUCAAGGCUACCAUCAUCACAAGAAUGGCUAG